GCAGCGACGAUUUAUCAUUUCCUGUUGAUUUUGGUGUUAAUCACGGAAGGCGAGGCAUGGAGAAGAAGACGGAGGAGGCGAUGGACACCACCCCCGCCUCAAAACUGCGUUGUCUCCGGUGAGUAAAACGAAAGAAAACAUACGUACUUAAUUUAUGCCCGUCAUCAUAUUAUCAGUGGUUUGAUCCAUGUUCUUUGAGAAAUACUUCCUUUAUCUAACGACCGCAUUAAACCGUUCAGGCUACUUCUAUCGACAAAGCGAUCAUAAACCACUUAACUUAAGAGUUUAAUAGUUUUAAAACUUGUUUUAAACUCUAUCAAAAUGUUUUGCUGUACAACUCUUUUAAGUUUAAAUUUUUCCCAAUCGAUGCAACGUGAGGUUAGACGAGUUUUAAAAGUUCAAACAAAAUUUUGGGAUUCUCUGAGUACAUGUUAAAGCUUUUGGAAACUGGCGCGACUUGUAACGGCUUGCAAGAGCAGAUUCUUCCUUGUAUAAGUUUUUGGACUAAAAUCAACGUAACCGUACGGAUGAUAUUGCAAUUCUUCUUCCUGUCGGCAUAUCAUUCGUCACGGAAGGUUUUUUUUGGGGAUCUUCCUCUCUGGCUAAGCGGAACAUUUAGUUAUUCUCUAAGGUCCAAUUUCGUUCUAUUUGACGGCGCUGGUCGUUAUGUCAUGUUAUUUAUCAUCAGUUAGCCGCUUAGUUUAAUGAGGUUUGUCAAAUGCUUUUUAAAAAUAUUUACAGUUGGAAAAACUGGUUGGUUUGGGAAGGUUUUGAGGGAGUAAAUCCGCGGUGCUUCGAAAUGGAAAGAGCAGAAGAAUGAAGACUAGGAUAGUCAGAAUUUAAUAGUUUUUAACCUUUUAUUUACGCAAAAAAGUAAAAUUCUCCGUAAAGAAGGAACUAUUAUAUUUUAUAAAAUAAUUCAAAUAGUAUGUGCGCUCUGAUUGGCCAUAACUCUAACCUUGUACCUAACUCUUUUUCACUGAUGAAACUAUUAAAUGUGGAGACCCUUGAGAGAUUUUGGUGAUAUCAAUCGAUGUGAAGGGAAUUGGUAAAGAAUUGACGAGACCUUUCUGGUGACUAAAAUAAAUUUAGCAUUCUUGUGCAGGUAAUGAGCUGUUACUUCUCUCUCAUUUGAGGGAAAAGUGUAACUUGUGGUUUUAAAUUUGGUGCAAUUUGUCACACAAGCUAGAGCUUUACUUCCCUGUACCCUGUUGAAGUGUCAACCUUUGCUAUGGUGGACACGGAGCAAAAGCCAUAGUUGUAUAUUUGCAUAUUGAAUGACCCGUCACUUGAAAGUGACAAUGCAGAAUGCUCAUUUAUUUUUGGUAAUUACACUGUUGUUUUUGUUUUUUGAUUAAUAUAUAAUUACUCUCUGAAAUGCAAGAAAAGCAACAAGACACAUAGGUUGCUUACAAUAAUUUUAGCCUCCAUAUAGCAAGUUGAAAAUUAGAUACCUGACAAUAGAGCUUGCAUGACAACACAAACUCUUUGAAGUGUUUUUGUUUUCACUAGCUAAUAAUAGCAAAUGAAGUAAUUAACAAGAACUUUUUUAGUGCUCUUACCAGUAUUUGGAUUUCAUUUUUAAGAGCAUAUAUUUGUGUUUCCUUGUAAAUGACAAAGAGUUUUCCUUAAAUUUGCAAUAUUUUUAUAGAUCUCAGGAUAUAAUCUUUAAUAUUCUUUGUUCUUUCCCUAGUAAAUAUAUGUAUGACGUCUGUACAGAACUAAGAUCUUCAUUGUGGUUUGAAACAAUAUAGCUUGUUUUGAUGAGGCCGUCAAAACAGGUCAAUAUUGUUUUGUACAACUUCAAAUGGAUUACUGAAAUACAAAUUUUUGCUCACUCUCAUUAACAUGCCAUAAAUGUAUAAAAGAAAAAUGUAAAAGUAAAUUAUCUUGAAUGCAUAAGGAAAUCAAGUAAAUUUGAUGUUUUGUUUACAUUAAGCAAUAAGCAGUUAUGUAAUGUUGCACACGUCAUCGUGUGUGGGCGUUUGUGGGUGUAAAAUAUUGCAUUUUCUAAUCACAGCAUCAUUGCAAACAUACCACACUUAAAAAGAAAUAAGUUAUAAUGAUAGUCAAUCUUUGAAGAAUAGCAAAAAAAAUGAAUCAUCCAUUUUAAAAGGAAGUUAAAUAACACUAAUUUAUAUAUUAAUUGUUGUGUCGCAUUCAUUGUGUGUUAUUUUUGGAGGGGUUGUUUUAUGUUGAAUAACAACUCAGAAGUUGUCAAUUUUCUUACAAUUUACAGACCUUGGUUUAAUGCAAUUAUUUACCCUUUGACUGGUCUACAAAUUUUUACAAAUCUAUAAAGAUGUCCAAUUUUUAGCUUUUGUUUCAUUUAUAGCAGCAAGCUAUUACAAAUGUUGAACAAGAGGCAUACAGGAAACUCCUUUGUUUUUGUGGACAAUGAAAGCAAUGAAGUGUAAGAAUUAAAAAGAACCUUGUUUUGUUUCAAUGGAAUGAUUUGCUAAUUAGAUCAUGGCCUAAUAGGCAUCAAGUUAUAUAUUCUAUGUAGUUAGCAGCUUAAACUCUUUUCCCAUGUUGAGUAAAAAUUUGAAGAACCAAUUAUUUCUACAAACAUGCUCAUGGGUGUACAUGUUCAGAAGAAAAUAGAAUUCUUGUAAGUUUGGUUUCAUUUAAAUCUUUUACAAAUAUUUUCAGAGGAAAAAAAUUGAACAGAUCAGAAUUUAAAUAGCAGUAUUUUUAGAGCCUCUGUGUGUGUCAGAUGUUGUAAUUUUAAUGCAGCCAAAAGUUUUUUUAAUGUUAUUAAUUUUGUAGGCAUAUUAUGCUUUAAACAAAUAAGAAAGUUAAAAUGAAAUUUUUAGCGCUUCUCAAUUCUGCUCUGCUAGUGGUUUUUCAUCAUUCAAUCUUAAUAAUCUGUGAUUAUUAUAUUUGCUUGAGGGAGCCCAUCUUUUUAAAAAGCCCUUUGCUUUCUCAUGAGCCUCCUCGCCAUCUUUAGCCCAAGUCCUUUUAUUCGGUAGCACUCUUGUAACUUGACAAUCAAAUUUAUGGCAAAGAAGAAUGAAGCAUGAUCAUAAAGCAAGGAAAGUAAAGAAAGUGUUUUCCUCAUGCUGGUUGCUAUUGUUUUAAAGUUUUAAUUCGUCAUGAAUUUCAAUUUCUGGAAUUUUUAAAGAAAUAAGUUAAGAUUUCUACUUUCAAAUUUUCUGUUUGAUUAGCAGCACUAGUAAACCUUUGCAACUUCCUUAUACACUUUGAUGUAUUGCAUUUUAGCAUUACUGUAACUAUACCCUGAUUCAAUAAUUGAAAUUACAUUGCAAAUAUUACCACAAUUAUUGUGGUAAUAUUUGUAAUGCUCAUUGUAUCUGGAAGUGAUGUAGAAUAUGGAACAUAUUACAAGUAGUACAGUGGACAGGCCCGAAGAAGCAGUCAUUUUUUCAAUUUUAGAGACUUAUCAAGAGCUGUAUUUUGUCAGGUGUCAAACAAUGAAAUUCAGUCAUACACCUCACUCUCUCAGAGAUUGUCUCUACUAGGGUUAUAUGAUUUAAUUAAUGCUUAUGAAAACUUUUCUAAAAGCAUGUUAAUUAAAAUGGUAUGUGGCUUACAGUGCUCCUGUGAUGGACCAGCAUCUUCUAUCAUGAGUCCUUUAGCCCCUAAGAGUGGCAAGCUCCUAAUUUCUCCCAACAAUACCACCCCACUCUUGAUUGUUAGACAAAUUCUCCUUAGAAGUAACAUUGGAAAUGUACAGAGAACACUAUGGGGAAAUUGCAAACUAAAGUUACAUGUCCAGGGCAAAGGGCUUAUUAUCUGCAAAAGUUGCUUUGUGCUACUCAGGUUGUCACUGAUGAGCUUUCUUACAAACACUCAGAAAAUAUAGCAGAAUCUUCUCUCUUGAUUCCUUAGCAAAUGUUUUGUCAUGAGACAAUUCUCAUUUUGUUAGGCAUUUUCUAAGAAAGAAAUGACUAAAACAUCAAUACAAGUGGUUGAAAUUGAAGACGAAUGAAAUAAAAUUAAUUUUUUUAACAGGAUGGAGCUCAUGGAGCACCUGUUCACAGCAGUGCGACAUUGGAACCCAAACAAGGACACGUACCGUCACAACUGGUGCUAGCUGGGGAGGCACAUGUUAUGAUCAUUUGUCUGAACAAAGACCAUGUGGUAUAAUCAAUGGAGGAUGUGAUCAUUAUUGUAACAAUGGGGUCUGCUCUUGUAAAUCAGGCUACAUAAAAUCAGGUACAGACUCAAAUUUUUGCCCUUUGUUUUUCCCCAUCUUAUUUAAAUUGUGUCUUCAUGCACUUGUGCAUUAAGUGGACUUAAUGCAUUAUAGUGAGAAUUAGUAAGGCUUGUAUUGUCUGCUGAAGUAGACUUCACAGUUAACAAAUUAAGGUGUUGUUAAGAGGAUGUGAUCCCCAUUGAAAGAAGUCCUUGAUCAUUAAGUAAAUUCUUAUUGUCAGUACCUUACAGAAAAUGUAGCAAACACAAAGUACCAGAUGUAGAGAACAGUAUGGAGAACAUGCAUACUCAUGUCAGGGUGUGAAGGGCUAAGCACAAAGAAGUAAAUGACAAAAAUUUGUUGUUGAUUCCUUAAACAUACUUAUGUUAUUAGUUUUUACAUUUUUUUUUCUUUUAAAUGUUGAUAGGUAGCAAAUGUCAUGACAUCGAUGAGUGUGCACCAAAUAGUGGCAAGGGUCCAUGCAGUCACAUCUGUACAAACUAUGCUGGCUGGUAUAAAUGCGAGUGCCCUUCUGGAUAUUAUCUUACCAGUGAUCACAAAACAUGUCAUGCCUUUGAUUGUAACAGCCCUGCCUCACUUUUCAAUUCAUGCCCACAAGAUUCUUACAGUGACCACAUCUCUUCAGUUUGUCACCAAGUUCACAUUGACUGUUUGCAAGGAACAACUUAUAAUGAACAAUGUUCUUUAACCUGUUCUCAGAACUAUGCACUUGCAAAGAUUUUUACACAGCCAAACAAAAAAUUUGGUGAGGAUUAUUCUAAAGUUGACUUUUCUUCAGUGACUUCCACUCUAACUUGCCAGAAAACGCGAAAAGGGCAGACCUCAAAUGUCUGGGAUGUACUGGAUAGUGAUAUUAGCGAUUACUAUUGCAGACGUACAAAUGAUCCUCCUAGAGACUUACUUCUAAAUGGGACUGUUCUUUUAGAACAUGCACCUAUAAACACCAUUAUUGGAACUUUAAGUUCCCAUGAUGCACAGCCAGGACAGACUUUUAUGUAUACAGUUCAACAACCCAAUGAGCUUCUUGUGGCUCAAGGAGAUAAAUUGAUAAACAUAUGGGACAAUCCUGUUUUAAAUGGGAAUGUGUCUUUAAGCCAAGGCCAUUAUUUAGCAGUAAAAAUAAGAGUGACAGAUGAUGGAAUGCCUCCCAUGUGGCUGGAGAAGACUUUUCAGAUCACAAUACAGAAUGUGAAUGAUCCUCCCAAGCAAGUCACACUGUCAAAUUCUGUUGUCUUUGAGAAUGCAACUAUUGGAAUGGUGAUAGGAGAGCUGACAGCAGUAGAUGGAGACGACCCACCAAACACUCAUCUCCAUUCAAACUUUAAGUGGGAGCUAAUUAACGAUGGCAGUGGAAAAUUUGGUAUGACUGUGAAUAAGAUUAUAGUUGCCCAGAAUUUGUUACCAGGAUUGAACAAGAUAACUGUUAGAUGUUCAGACUUUGGAAACCCAAUAGAACAAACCACAGAAGAUUUCAUUAUAAAUGUGAUAAAUGUCAAUGAUGUCCCACAAGCUUUAAUGCUGACAAGUUCCACUGUGCAUGAAACAGCUCCUGUAAACACAACUGUGGGUCAACUUGUUGCAAUUGACAAGGAUGGUGAUGACAUAUCCUUUGACAUCAGCCAAUCAGAUGUAAUGACAUUGAAUAAAUUUGAAAUAGCUAAUGUCCAGUGUGCAUAUAAUGGACAAGGAACAGAGAAAGAGUGCAAAGUGAAUGUCACAGUAAAAGCUCCUCUGAAUUAUGAGGAGAAAUCAUGGUACAAGCUGAACGUCAAAGCUAAUGAUUCUCAAACACAGGUGUUCAAGACUUUCAACAUUGAAAUUAUUGAUGAUAAUGAGGCUCCAACAGCUAUCAAUCUGACAGGGUCACACACUGUGUUGGAAAAUUCUGUUGCUGGGACAGUCAUUGGACAGUUUGUGGUAUGUCUUCCUUUGCUGUUGUUGUUGUUGUUUUUUUUAUAAUUGGCUGUCAUAUUUUGUACUUUAACAACUGUGGAACAUCAAACAGAGGAUCUAUAUCUGCAAACAAAGUAUAAUGGUGACUUGAUUGUAAGAUUUUAUCUUGCUUUGGAGAUGAUAUGACAUUUUGCAGAAGUCAAUUCCAUGGAUCAUGGGCAUUGCCCUUUUUCAUACCCCAUUUUACACUUAGAGCAUAAUCAUAAUCAGUUCUCAAUCUUAUGAUGUCCUUAACCUCUAGUUGCUCACAGCUAAAUUUCGUUUGUCAAGUACCUUUACAACAAUUUUGUUUAUGUAGUAGUAAAGUGAAUUUUAGUUUGCAGUCAUUUUUGAAGAGAUCAUGAAAUGUCAUAGCUUAAGUAUAGAGAAGGUACGUGUAACAAGCACGGCUGUUGAAUACUGACCAAUUACAUGGAAGCAUUGUGCUGUAAAGGUUUCACAUAACCAGUAAGCCUGAUCAAGACUUAGAUAGCAGUAUACAGUCACAACCUUUCUAUCUGCAUUUACUGAGUUGUUAUGUACAUCCUGAGGACAAUGAAGGUACUUGUGAAUGAGAGUACUUAGUGCCAUGUAAUCUUUCACAGAAAGAUCUUACAUACCAGAGCCAAGAUUUCAAUUCUUGUUGCAGAUCAGUCUUAAAUAUUGAUUUAUAAUGAUUGUUUAUUUGCUUUUCCUUAGGUCACUGACCCAGACAAUGCCAAGUCACCAUCACAUCAGUAUCACAAAUGUUUAUUUAGCGUCAACCAGCCCAGGGAUGAAAGUUAUUUCAUUAUUAGCACGCAACUUGUGUUGAAAGUGAAGGGAGCCCAACAGAUUGAUUAUGAGAACAUGAAAACUCUUUCAUUUACUGUGAUAUGUACUGAUACUGGGCAUCCACCCAAGUCACUGUCAGCUAGCUUUGUUUUAUCGGUGAAAGGUGAGUGGUGAAUGGUUGUUCCACUUACCUUCUUUUCUUUCUGCGUUCUCUCCAUUCAUUUCCUUCUUCAUCCCAACCUGUCUCUCUUUCAUAGUUUUGCGUCUAUUUUUGUUCUUUGGUUUGUUUCUUUGUUUAUGCCAUUUUUUGUACAGUCAGUCAUUUGCUUUCUUAUGUGCUUAUUCACUUAUUAGCCCCUCUGCCCCUCUUUAUGUCUCUCCUUCCCACCUUCCAUCCUGCUUCUCUUCCUUCCUCUUUCCCCACCUCCCGAUUUUCUUCUGCCUUCUUGAUUCCGUUUUUGCUUGGUUAUGUGAUUUCACCUUUCCAUCCCUCCUACUUCCCAUCCCUCCCUCCCCUACCAUCAAACUCUCUUCUUCUCCUCCUCUCUUUCAUUUCCUUCCUUCAGUUCCAUCUUCUCUGUUUUAUGAGCCCAUUCAGCAGUUUACCCACCUAUCAACCACUUAACACUCAGAAAUACAAAUGUAUAGCCAACCAUAUAUCAUGCAUGUGAUAUUCUUCAGAUGUCAAUGAGGUUCCUGUCAACCUGACAUUGUCUAGUACAAAUGUGGAUGAAAACUCUCCCUUGGGUACUCCUGUGGGUAGCCUUUCCUCAGAGGAUCCAGACCAACCUGGAGGUGUCCACACCUACACCAUCAUGGGACCUGUUGGUGUACCAUUUGCUAUUGGAGGAGAUAAGAACAGAGUGCUCCUCGUAAAUGGUCCUUUGGAUCAUGAAACGAAUCCCAUUGUCUUGGUCAUUAUAAGGGCUACAGAUGGUGGAGGACUUUUUGUAGAGAAAACCUUCAAGAUAACCAUUAAUGGUAAGUUCUUUAUUAGGGAAUGUUCGAUUUUCAACCGAGAGUGUCACACGUUUUAUUGUAAAAGAUGGCUGACGAAAGAUGAGGGUAAGCAAGCUUUUCCUGGGAAACCUUAAGUCUGUCUCUGCUCUCCAUCUCUUUCUCUUUUCUCCCCACCCCCCCCAACCCCUCCUCCUUUCAGGCCAAAAGGCCUGCACAAGCCCAAGCCAAAACAAACAUGAAUUUUGCCUCUAAGGUUUGUGAAACUACUCAGCGAAGGAAGUGUCCAAAGCUAAGAUAUUUUGAAUAUAUUUAUAUUCAUGGAUUACUUUUGACAUUCGACUAUGAUGAUUUUGUUUACACUUGCUUCUUACGACCUUAUCAUCUUGAAUCAAACACUUUCCAAUUACUUUGUGCUCAUAUCAACAGAUGUCAAUGAUCCACCCAGCAACCUUUCUCUUGAAACUCCAUCAAUGAAAGAGAACAGCGCCGAAAGAGUGCUCAUUAGUUCCAUAAUACUGACAGACCAAGAUGGUGACUUUCCUACCUGUAGACUAUUGGAUGACGCUGGUGGGCGUGUCAGAGUUGUGGGCACAAAUCUGGUUGCAGGACCUACUAUGACAGAUUACGAAUCAGCUCAACUGCCAUCCACUAAAGACUUCAGUAUUAAAUUGAAUUGUUCUGAUGGCCAUGGAAUGUUCAUAGCGAAAACGUUUACCAUUAAAGUUAUCGGUGAGUGCACAGGCUUGGUCAUUAUGGUAUAACUUACUUUUUUUCUCUUUGGUAUAUUUGGUUUUAUCCACUUGAGUUGAUCGAGCUGUUGGAAGCUCAAAGCAUAGAUUUUGUCACAAGUUUAGGUUAGCCAUAUUCUCAUCAAAAUCCAUUUAGCAUAGUAGAUUAUUAUACAGCACCUUUUCAUUGUCCGCCUUUAUUCCCGCACCGUUAACACUUAACUCCCACGAGUGACCAAGACAGAAAUUCUCCGUCAUUACAUUGUAUGGUUGUCAUGGUAGAGUAGCUUCCUUCUGUGCUAAUAUUUUUCACUUGUAUCUUAAAUCUAGAUGUGAAUGAGGCCCCAUCAGAUAUCACUUUGAGCGCCACCUCUGUAUAUGAGAAUGAACCCGAUACAGUGGUUGGUAGAGUUACAGUAGAUGACCCAGACAUUGGUCAGCGGCAUCGUUGUACAGUGCACGACCGUGUCGUGAAUGGAAACUUUGAUUCUGGGAGGACAAGCAAGUUUUUCACUGUGGAUGCUUCAUUAAACCUCAAAACACUAAGUGGGUUGAAUUUCGAAGCUCACCACAGUUUGGAUAUUUGGAUUAACUGCAGUGACAUUGUGACCGACAGUCUAUUUAGGACGCAGUUGUUUACUAUUUUUGUCAAAGGUAAGCUAGCCGAUCAACUCUUAACAUGUUUGGACGUAAGGCAGGAAACUAAGGUCGAGGUUUGUUGGUAAAGUUCCUCAAAGUAAGAAAACCAAUUGAUCAGGUUUUCUAUAAUGGACGACCUUCUUUCCACUGGCCUCUGUUUUCUCUUUCAAGUUCUUGAGAAAAUGGUUUUUCAGUUGUGGGACUGCCUUUCGGUGAAAAUAACGGGAGACAAAUUUGACCUGUUAUUCCAGUGAAGGUUACCGUACUCUCUUCCAGUCCUUCAGCCCAUGCAGGCGAGUCAGAGAGUGUGGGAACGACGAACAGCAGUCGUGGUUGUCAGGGAAACGGUUUUCGCGCAUGCUAUUUUCCCUUGUUUCCGCCGUCCGAGAGCACGGCACAGGCCAAGUUUACCAACGAGCCUCAUAGGUCUAUCUAUCAAAGAGGUUGACUUUGUGUGUCGAAAACACUUCAUGUAUACUCACAAAAACAAUUCUAUUUUUUAAUCCCGGUGAUCUUCGAUAUAAUCACUCUAAAUUUUUGGGUCUAUGCAUAUAUUUGGAUUUAAUCCGUCUUCUUCUUCUCUGCAUAAACACCCCUCAUGAAGUUAUUUAUUCUGAAAUCCUGUCAGCAGUCAGUUAAAAAUUUUUCUUUUUUGGUAUGAUUUCUCUUCAGAUGUGAAUGAGGCCCCAACAGGACUGUGCAGUGCACCCAUAAUCAUUAGUAUGAAGACAUCAAUUGGUGCUGUGAUUGCAAUGCUACAGGGAGAUGAUCCUGAUAACGAAAUUACCAUCCAAAAUGACCCUUCAAACCAGAGUGUAAUCAUCAGGAAUAAACAACAACUGACAUACUCUUUGAGCCCUCAACAAAAUUCUUGGCCGUUUGGAAUAAAAACUGAUAGUCUUUUCAAGAGUGCAGUGAGUAUGAUGUACAAAUGAUAUCCUGUUAUUACGAUUUUACGGCACUCCUCCUCCCUUGAUGUGGACACACCCGUUUAUCUCUUUAAUAAGCUCCGGCUGGAUGGGCCACUUGGUUCGAAAAGAACCUCACCUUUUUCCUUAAUAACAAGAUACAUGAAAAAAGUACUCAGUUCUGAUUGGUUAAGAUAAAUGCAAUUUUCAAGUGAUUCACUGCAGAAGAGGGUUAACUCAGUGCAAAGAAGUAACAAACCAGACUGAAUAACUCUACGGGCUCGAGCAAUUUUGUUAGUCUUUGAAAAAAUUUACUUGUGCUUAUUUAUUCCAUAUUGCACUCGAAAUCAUGUGAUUACCUAUGCCGACUAAAUGUACACGUUUACUCGGGCUUAUUUUUGGUGGAUCAUGUACAUUUCAAUGUCUCUCAUUAGAGUUGACAUCCGUCAUUUGUGGUAGUUGUUAACGCCUUCCCAUGUGUCCUCUCAUUUCUUCUUUUUCCUUGACGAUUGUCUUAAUUUUUCAGGAGAUAUCCCAAGCCCAAAAUUUCACAAUAGGCGUAGAAGUAAAGGAUGAUGGCAUCAUUAUUUCAAGUUUCUCCCCCAUGGGAUACAAAUACAUCAAGACCGCUCCUUUAUCUGCUGUCUUGAAUUGUACCAUUGUUAUUUCAGGUAUGAUGCAAAUAAAUUAUCGUGAAUGAUUAUCCCUCAGCACUUUGUCAAGUUUUCCAGAUCGUGCUUGUCAACCCUUUGCACCCAAGCGUUUUAAAACAUAUUCUCCACACUGCUCCUUUUAUACUUUCCAUGGAACUGACAAGGAGAAUUUGUUUGAUAAUCGGAAGCUUCUCAAAUUGGUGAUCAUUUCCUUCAUUCCCAUAACUUUUUCAUUUGACACAAGGGAAGAACUGUAAGGAGAAACUAGAAGCCAGACUCUCUUAGGGGUUAAAGGGUUAUUAUCAAAGAUAAAAUUUUUUAUUGUUUACGUUGCAUACCUUUUACUCGUUGUUUCAUACUUUUUAUUCGUGUUUUUCUCAGAGUAUCAGCCGACAGAUGAAAUUUUACUUCAACCUAGUGAAGUGUCCAUCACAGCCAUCAGUGGUUCCUUGGUUGGCACCUUGACAACAAUGACCAAGAAUCCAGGGGAAACAUUUGUGUAUGAACUCGUAGAUGAGGCACAAUUACCUUUUAGUAUAAUCGGAGACAGGCUAGUAGUCGCUAAGAAGGAUGGUCUAGAUUUUUACGUGUCAAGCGCAGAGGAAGCUUUGAUUCCAAUUGCAAUCAUCAGUAAAGGCAACAUGUCUGCGCCAGUCAGGAAAUCCUUCUAUGUGAGAAUUAUAGGUGAGAUUAUGAAUAUAUAUUUUUGGGAAACAGUUUUUUGUGUGUAACCAGCUGGACUUUUGCUUAUCAAGAUUUUCAGAAAUUCAAUUAAAGAGGCUCAAAAUGGAUUUGUCGAUUGAAAUCAGAUAUUCUUUGAUGGAUCCUUGUUUCCACACUUUAACUUUCUUUCCUUGGAAUUGGUAUUAAAACAAUGUGCAAUUAUUUCUCAACAAGUUUUCAUUAUUUUGACACGAAAAGCUACCUUAGCAAAACUAAAGCCUCCUAAACAGAUCUUUAAUUGAAGCUGUGCGUGUCUGCAUUUUGAAAGCAUGCGCUAUGAACUCUAUUUGCUGAAUUUCUAUCACCACAUUACUAUUUAUCUCCUUGAAAAGCUAAGAACAACCUGUAAAUAUGGUUCAGAGCCACUUAAAGUUUUUGAUAGUUUAAGGUGGCCAUUUGUGCCUAUUUUAAUAAAAAUUUUCAACUUUUUUUUCCCUUUUUACCUCGAUUUUAGAUGAUAGACCUCAUCCAGUGGACAUUUGUUUGAAUCCUCACACUGUGCAUGAAAAUCAACCAUCAGACACUACUGUGGGUCAGUUACAUAUCGAAGAUUCAUCAUCGCCGUUACUUUCUUGUGGUAAACAACGCUGCUGCAAUGAUUACGACAGGAAUGUUGAUUAUGAAUGUAAAGUGGACACUCCUGAGAACAACUUGGUCGUUCCCCAGCUUCAGAGGAACGUGAGCGCACUGUUUAGACUCGAUGAUCGGGGUCGCCUUAUUACCAAGGUCCCAUUGCAAUACAGUGACUUCAAAGAGUCUAAUGGAACUGUGCAUGUUCACUUCAGCUGUUAUCAAGUCAGUAAACCACUUCACUUCAUAGGGAAAUCACUCCCAGUUGUUAUCACAGGUAAAGUUUGAUAUGUGAAAUGUGUCUUGGGAUACCACUCUGAUUGUUGUGAAUACAUUUGAAGUACCUAGUAAAAGCAAGACACACGAUUUCGUGGGAUGAAGUAAAUUUACAAUUAAUGAAGAUAGCUUAACUACACAGGCGCAAUUCAACGCACAUCCUGAAACUAUCGGCUUUCUUCUUUCCUUAUGUUUAGAUUGUAACAGCAGUGGUGUCUGCCCAAACAUCAAAGAUUGUCCUUUAUGUUACAACGGUGGAAGCUGUCUUGACGUGAUUGACGGCUACAACUGCCAGUGCAUGUCCGGUUACACAGGUGUCCAUUGUGAGAAAAACAUAGAUGAAUGCCAAGGGAUCGAGUGUCAGGUGAGUGAAGCGACCUUCGACCAAAUGUCCCUAUAGUCAAUCGCGCCUCUGUUUUGCGUAUCUUACUAAGAGAACAAAGCUUUUCUCACGAUUAUGCGUUCAAAGCAGUAUAAAAGUGUAUCGAAAUACAGCACUGAUUACGUUAAAAGGGAAUGAAAAUAAAUUUGCAAGGAUAAACCUAAAUUUAGAAUCACAAGCAAAGACAAAAAGCAGUGAUCGUUUCAAUGAAAAUGGCGGAUUCGGUCCCUGGACACGCGCGCAGUGCAUGAGGCUAAGCGAAGAUCCUUCAAAGGAGUGAUGUUACGUUUUUGCACAUCUGGACAUAUUGAACCUAAAUUUUUUAAUUCAACGUUAGUGAUUCUAAAUAAUCUUUGCCAUCUCAUUCUCGUUCCCUAAAUGAUCAUCUAUUCUUAUGCGAUAUGACAGCGAUAUUAAGCGAUAUUACAGUAAGAUAAACCUCUCCUGACACGUAGCAUUUACAGACCAUAGGGAAGUCUUGAUAUGAUUUUCAUAGAUUCUCUUCCUUGUUUCUUUUUCCUCUCUUUAGAACGGAGGUACAUGUCAGGAUGGAAUAGCAUCGUUUACUUGCCAAUGUGCAGUGGGAUUUUCAGGGACAUUAUGUGAGCGGCAAGUAUCUCUUUGUGGCGAUUGUACGGGGGAUACAUUGUGCGUGACCCAUAUUUCAGCUUCCAUCCGGUAAGUAAUAUACAAAUUUUGUAUUUAUAUCUUGCUUCUUAAGAAGAAAGCAUCGGGUUGAUUGACGUUGAACCAAAUGAAAUGAUUUGUAUUGGUUCAAAUAUAGAGAAGAAUCUUUAAAGAAUAAUUAAUUUUAAGGAAUGUUUAAGGGUUUUCUUAUUUUAUAUGAGUUUCUGAAUCCCAUUUUCUUUCUUUUGGCAGGUGUUUAGGGACACAGUACCAGAUCCCAGUCCUUGUGAACGAAUCGGAAAUAUCUUCUCCGAGAAAGAUAGAACUGGAGAAAGAGAUUGUAACCGUAUUGGAAGCGAACAGAAAUGAUGCCAACAAAGGUAAGAAUGAUCACAUUAGAGUCAGCUUUAAGAUUUUAUGGAAAUCAAUGUCAUGCAGUUAUUUGGGUUGGUCAUGCAGAAAACAGGCAUAUUGCAUGACCACUCAACACUAUUUUUUUUAUGAUGUAGCGCAUGAGGUACGUAAACUUUAGGAACAGAAGUUGCGGGAGACUUAAUGGCCUGGGCCCAGUUGUUCGAAGGUCGAGUAACCCCAUGCACUGGAUAAAUAUCUUUCCGGUGGAUAGUGCAACAUAUUUUGUUAACACUUGUCGGCUGGAUAGCGAUUUAUCCGUAUGAAAGCGUCAUGCAUCCUUUAUACCUCUGGAAUCAGUGAGUUGUUGUCCGCUGGGAUCAAACGGUCAAAAGUUUAAUCCCAGCCGGGUCCGACUGCGUUACGACUUUUGACUAAACACUCGACUCACACAAUGCCUCUCCCCACCUUCCCCAGCUAGAACUCAAAAUUUGUAGCAGUAAACUGAUAGGAUUUACUUACGGUAAGGGUGGGGGAGGGGUAAGUAAUACCCUUUGUGGCUUUAAGCUAUGGAAACAGUAAUAGAUAAUUGUGGGAGUUAUGGGUGCUUGGGCUCGCAAGACUUGACCUUAUUUGACUGAGCUAGGUCGGGCCUAACGGUGAUUUAUGCGACCUUCCAUCCCCUAAAUUACUCAAAAUACCGUUACAUAGCUCCCUCAAGCCAAAUGUAUCUGAGAGUCAAUGUACUCAGUCACCUAACUUGUGUCAUAUUUCAGUCACCAACAGAAAACGACGAGCACUUUCAAAUUAUUUCUACGUGGAGAUUCUUCGAACAAUCUCUCUAAGUACUCAACGACAGAGCCUUUUGAUCAUCGCAGCGCUAGAUGCAAGGAACGCAUUUUCCCCUCUACCGGCCUCCGAAGCUUGCAGAAUACUUGGCAACAGUGUGCGGCAGUGCGUGGAAAGCUGUGAUGUACUCCAACUAGCCAGGCUGCCCUGCCAGGGAGGUCUUAACACCAAUAUAGGAAACCCCUCUGUGGACUUAUCUGCCAGUAGCUUGGGGUCAGGCGGAAUUGCUGGUAUUGCUGUGGUGGUCAUAAUUCUCCUUAUUGCUAUCCUUUUUGGUGCUGUCUUCUACUACAGAAGAAAAUACAAGAAGGCGAAGGUAAACCGGUCUUAACCUUUUACUUGGAAGAUUCGUCCUUAUGCUUUUUUGUUCAUUUGUUACGUGAAUGUGGUCCUUAUCAGAUCUGGCCCCGGUUGUUCAAAGGUUAAAUAACGCUCUCAACUGGAUAAAUCGUUAUCCGAUGGAUAGCGCAGUACGUUUUCUUAUCAGUUAUCCUCUGGAUAGUGAUUUAUCCGUUGGAUAGCGUUAUCCACUCUUUGAACUACUGGGCACAGGUUUCAGUAUCAAUGUGUGAGUCACAGUUGACUUGCAUUACACGUUAAAAAUUGACAGCCCCGGCCGUGGCAGAGAUUUUCCAGUGUUAGUGGCGCCGUACUUGUUGCUCUGUCGCAUCUGAUAUCUUUGUUGUCUUUUCGAUGUAUCGCAAUGGGUGCAAACCUGUUAUUGGCUAGCUGUCUGUUACACUGUAUUUAACCCAUAGCAGAUAAGAAACACUUCCCCAAGGAAAUAUGAGGUCGCGUGGCUUAAUGGUUACAGUGUUGAGCUCAAGGGUUUGAGUCAUAUGUCACGCCUUGUAUAUAGCCAGCUAGUUUACUCCCUGUCAGUUUGGAUUUUUAAUAUUUUUAGGUUUAAUAGAAUCAAAAUGAAUCAGAUCAUUACUGCGCUAUCAAGCUUUUUCCCUUUUUCGUUUCACAGAAAAUUUUAAAAUUUGUAACCAACCAAUCACAAACAUCUUCUGGACGUAUUCUCGUUUUAAUUUGACAGAACGAGCAUGAUAGCGUCCGUUUCCAGUCAGGCACGGAAGACUUAGACUUCUCCGACCCAGUUCUUGGCGACAAUAGAAAUGCGCUGACGUCAGGACCAUCGAGAGAGGAAUGGGCUGAGAAGUUAAGGAAAGAACCCGAUGGAUCAGUGCGGAACAAUUUGGAUCCCACUUCUGUUGUCAAACGUAACGAUAUCCAGGUUAGAUUUUGAUGAAUUUAUGAUUAAUGAAACUGUCUGAAACACAUGGCGUAAUAAUCUGUCAUUCGAUUAUUUCUAAGUAGUCUUCGGGCAUUUUGUCUUCAAGUGAUGCAAUUGAUAGUGUUUAGAACCAUUUUCAAUUGAGUGAGGAAAGUGAUCCGGGAUCGCAUCGAUUUUGCGUUACUUCGCUCUGUGAUUGGUCAGGAAAACUCGUGCUACCGUCUCAACCAAUCAGCUGCAAAACGAGAACCAAUCACGACUUGGUCAUUAGCGUUUUCCCGCUCCUCAGGUUGUAGCUUGUUUAUUUGUUUGUUUUUUUUUCAAGUUGUCAGAGUCCUUUUUUUUGGAAUACUUUCCUCCGCCUUAAUCGGCCGUACGUUUUGUUGUUCUCACUUAAAAAUAAGCUUCUGAACUAAAUCAUACCAAGUUGAGUUGAAUUAAGGAUUAGAGCUGUGCGUUUGAAAUCCAUGAGUUGUCGGUUAAAAGUCAUAGCUAGGCGAGUACCUGAGACGUUUUUCAUUCAUUUCAGACCAAUAAAGUCCUACUGGAAUUUUUAUGUGUUUAAUCUUGCCUUGCUUUUCUUCAGGUGACAAACAAUCCUCUGUACAGUAGUCCUGGCAAUGCUGCCGGAGCCGAGGCAUCCAAUCCAAUUUACACCAAGGUGGUUGAUACACCCAUAGAGGAUGAGAUAGCGGCGGCCAAAAAGAAGAAUAAAGAAGACCACACUUACGCGGAACCUAAGGAUGUUACCCUCGGGGGAGCUUCAAAACACCAGUAUGAAAAGCCCCCUUCGAGGCGGGUAUCUCACACCAAGAACACCUACGCGGAUCCUAAAGAUGUAACCCCUAAGGGUUCAGUGAACCCCCGCUAUGAGAUGUCCCCUCCGCCGCGAGUGUCGCACACUAACAACACCUACAUGGAACUUCAAGAUAUUUCCCCUAUGGGGGCGUCGAAUCCGUGUUAUGCUAAGUCCCCACCGGUUCGAAAAUCUUUUGUGAACGACAUAGAUAAUCACCAAGAAGGCGAUGGCGCGCUUGGAAAAGGUGCAAACGCUUACUUGAAAGGUGCAAGGUCUAAAGUGCGAGCAUCGAACGCAUCUCAGACAAAGAAGCUUAGACGUCAAAGAACUGACGAGAAAGAAGCAACUGAUGAAGAAAGUGCCGUGCUUAAAAAGAACGAGGUACCACCGUCUUUUGAAAACCCGUUUUAUAGUGAUAAUCCGAUAAGGGAUCAAGACAAUUUCAACGAGGAUCCAACAUACGCGACUAUUCCUGCAUUGCAAGACAGCCGUCCGUGUUUGCCGCCAAGAACUCAACAAAGAUCCUACGAUACUCCAGCGGAGGAGAUAGUGGUUCAAGAGGACGACGUGUACGAGAAAGUAAACUUUGGAGACACGGAGGCGUAA